CAGUGACAACAUGGCCAUAGCAAGUGAAUCGCUUCGAAAUUUAUGUCUACAGAACUUGCUUCGCUAUCCGGAUUUGAUUGAAAAUGGAUUUGAGGACCUUCCCUUAGAGAUCACACAAGCUAUUCUUCAUUCUUCUAUUCGUAGUUACAACCUGACUACGUUUAAACACGUCUUAAAGUUUUGGCCUAUGCGAGUAGUUGUGUUGCGAGGAAAUUCCUACUUGGAGGAAGAAGGCCAGUUUGUUGGAAAAGCUGUCGCUGAGUAUAUCCCUGAAAGAGACGAAACUGAUACGGUUCAAGUAAUUGACAUAAGAGAAAGAGAUCUUGGGUUUGAUGGUACUACUGCACUGUGCAGGGCAGUCAUUGCAGCAAAUAAACCAAUUAACUUAACAGAUGUUUCAAGCGGAACCUCUCCAAACCGUGCUGAUAACCUCACUGGUGCCAAAUUGAACAGCAACGUGAACCCGACAAGCUUUCUUACCAUCCACUUGGAUAUCAGUGUGAACCAUAGCAACCCUGAUACAGUGUUUAAAGCACUGGAAUCAAAUAACGGGCCCGUGCGGCUUUUCGUUUCAUCCUUAACCGUUGUUCAGCUUGGAGAUGACAGACUAUGCAGGUUCCUGAAACUUCUAAAUCCUGAUCAUUUAUUGAAGUUGGAUUUUUCUUACAAUGGAUUAGCUUUCUAUGAUAACGUGAAUGUUGAGCUGUCAACAAUUUUCCAAGAAAUGAAGAAGUUUACAAAAUUACGCUCCUUAUGCUUGUCAUACAGCGAUUUUGGAGAAAGUCACUUGAGGAGUCUUUCCGAAAUUUUGCAAGAACUUCCCUGUCUUGUAUCGCUAGAUCUUAGUGGGAAUUAUGUAGGCAGCAGCGUUGGGAUUGUUUUGAACAGUGUUAGAAAACCAUUGAACUGCCUAAGAUUAGCGAAAUGUAGAAUAGGCAAUGCUGGCAUCGAGGCAAUCGCUCGUUCAAAACAUGCGUCACAGCUCAUGGAGUUGGAUGUUUCGCGUAAUUGUCUAUCUUCAGAAUGCAUGGAAAAUCUACUCUACAUUUUCGAGUCCUCGAAAAAUACCAUGCGGGAAUUUUGCGUUCAUGGAAACCAGGUUCCCCCCUUGCUAGGGUGAACAAACGAUAAAUCUCAAACUGAGUAUACACUGGAUAAUCUGAGAACCUCGGCAGGAAAUCAAGAGAGCAUUUCAGGCGUUCCAUUGAAUUUCAAUUGGUACCGAUAUCAUUUACCAAGCUGGAACUAACAAAGACCGGAAAUCGUGCACAGGAUUUCCGGGGGCUUCUCUUGCGCGGUGUCCGGUCUUGGUCAAGUCUCUUUCGGUCCCCGUGGCUCUUUCAGCCGACCACAACUCGCGCGCGCAGAAUGAACCUCGGGUGUUUAGUGUAAUCCUAGAUCGUUAUUCACGUGAAAUCUUCCAUUCAAUGUUUCUUCAACUUUACUAGGAGUUCGUUACUGGGGUUGUACUCAGUGGGCAGGUACCUUUCAGAAGUUUCAGUUGAUAAACCUUGUCUCCCCUUGGGUGAAGGUGGAGCGCCUAUCAGAUUGAGCGCCAACCUUCGCUGAGUUUUAUUCGCUGUCCUUAAAGACCGUUGGCAACGAGGUGGAUGCGUUCUCAACAAGGUUCAUAGUUGUGUCACUGGUGUUCACAAAAUCAUGGCUUCACAUGUUACUGGUAAUCUACUGUAGCUUUUCAAGUAGUUUUCUCUCCCUGUAUAAAUUUUAAGGUGAGAAUUAAAAAAGUCCUUCCUAA